GAGCAUUCACCAAAUGCUUAUUGAAGGAAAGCUCUGGCAGACCCAGCACCACUGUCCCUAAAAAGUUCAAGAGAAUAUGUAGGUAGGACAAAUGUAGAAACAGUUUUACUUUAGCAGUGCGGGGGAACCUCAGACAAACUCCUCACAUAUAUCUGGUUUAAAUCUCCUCUAGGCUUCAGUCCAGUCCCUGAAUGGCUGGCCUCCAGUUGGCACCACCUCUGCCUGUGGGCGUUAUGCUUCCAUAUAAUAAAACAGAAGCUCCAGGGCUCCUCUCAGCUAAACAAAAGCCCUGUGAAAAAGGUGACUCUUCUCAGCGGUCCUCCAUGGGGCAUCUGAGGAACAAUUUCCAGCAGAAGCUUUUGAGCAACAAAGAGCUGACACUGGAUAAUCUCUACACUCACUCCAAGUGGAACACCUGCACAAAAGCCCAGAACUACUCCUAUCCCCACUGUGUUGGAAUCAGCCAGCAAGAUUCAAGAAGCAAUCCCCAGGGCCAAGCAAAGGGUUUGUUGUACUCAUCAAGUCCUCAGUCCCGGUAUUCCAAAGCAAAUAAUCAGGAAUUCAUCCCCUUCACAAAGAAGCGAGUUGGGGUAGACCGGGCAUACCCCCUGAAACCUGUGUUCCAUAGGAAAUCUCAUAGUACAAGUGAGGCUGGCAUUGAUGGGGACCAGAAUGUCUCUCCAAGACCCCCUGAACCAAGAGAGUUUCCAUACAGCAGUUUUGAUUCAAGGAACUGGGUGAAUUCAUCUGUGGUUCGUGCUGUUGUCGCCACACAGGAGGAGAGGGCCAUGGCAAACCCUAACAGGACUGAAUGGGUGCAGAUCCAAAGACUAGAAGCUGCAGGGGAGAGCUUACAGGAGGAAAUCCGAAGAAAAGAGACCCUUCUAAGGGAAAAGCUGAAGAAGACAGAGGAGGAACUCAGAAGGAUCCAGAAAGAAAAGGAACAGGCUAAGGAAAAUGAAAAAAGAGAGCUACAGAGAAUGACACUCCCCAGGAGGAGAGGUAAAGGUAAUAGCAACACUACAUACAAACCUACCUUCUCCCCAGAAUUCGGGUCUGAGGAGGUCUUCAGUAGAGACAGGGGGGAGGAUGAAACCGGGGGAUGGUCUCGAGAAAAUUCUAGUCCAUUUCAACUCUCUGAUUAUGGAAUACAGAAGCGCAAAAGGGAAAGACUGGUGGCAAGCAAUAACAAAAUCCGAGACCUAGUCUCAGAGCCAUCAGAGGAGUGUCCUCAGUCUUCAGAGGGGCCUGGCCAUGCUUUGCGGGGAGCCACCAGCAAUCCUAGUUUGUCUAGGGUACCAGACUCCUCGGUUUCCAGCUGUUGCAUUGAAGAGCCCGAACUUGGUGAAUGUAGCCACUGUGGACGCAAGUUUCUGUUGCUCAGGCUGGAGAGACACUCCAACGUCUGCCGCAGGAUGCAGGGUUCCAAGAGGAAAGUGUUUGACUCCUCCAGGGCCCGGGCCAAGGGCACAGAACUAGAGCAGUACUUGAACUGGAAGGGACCAGCCUCAGUCAAGGCUGAACCUCCUCAGAAGAGCAACUGGAGACAGAAGCAUGAGUCUUUCAUCCGUACUCUCCGUCAGGCUCGAGAGGUCCAGCAGGUCAUUGCCAAAGGUGGAAACCCCUCAGACUUGCCUCCCAUCCUGCCUGCAGAAAAUCCAGAUUAUAUUCAGUGUCCUCACUGUAGCCGCCACUUUGCUCCCAAGGUUGCCGAGCGGCACGUUCCCAAGUGUAAGACCAUUAGGAACCGGCCUCCACCUCCAAGGAAGCAUUACAGUUGAGCGGACAACAGUGGAAGCCUCAGAAGGCUCUGCUUCUCUUCAGCAGUAAAUGGGAGUAGAAUAAUUUGAUGCAAAACAGAACUAAAACUUUUACAUCUCCCACAUCUGCCUGCAGAGCUUAAAUCAGUGAGGAGAGACCCAUUGCUAAGCAGCAGGAGGCAAAAGGAAGCCUCAGCUUCCCACGAAAUUACCGCCUCAGGCUGGUGUGCCUUGUCAUUGCCCUAAGAACUGAUGGGCGAAGACUCUCAGGAGUAGUGAGCAGCCUACAUUAAAGCUCUCUUCUCGCAAGGCU